AUGGACGACGUUGUUGUUGUGGAAUCGAUUCAAGACGAGCAUGUAAAACGCGUGUUGUGUCAUUAUAAUAACAUUGUUCAUACGCGCGUGCUAAAUGCAAUACGAAUCCAGCACAAAAACAAUCUUCACAGUAGAAAUACAAAAAGAAUGACACGUAAUGAAAACGUAAGCUGGGAACGCUUUGAGGAGCAGACCAAAUUGGCGUUUGUAGGAAACUCACUGAACUCGCGGUUUUUCCUCAAGACACGAGUAAUAUCUACGAAGAAUGUAAAAGUAGUAGCAAGAGUGUCACAUUACUCUGUUAAAUCUACGACGGUGUUGUCUUCGAGUGUUGGUGAACGGAACGAGGCAGUCAAGUACAUGACCACGGACACGACUAAAUUGUUUCGACUGAUGAAGCUCUUGCACUUUGUAAUGCAGGAAGUUUUAGGGCCUAUGAAGUCGCUCGGAGCUUCAACAGUGGUGCCUGCUUUGUGUCCUGAAUCAAAGCCUGUAAACACUCUUGUGAAUCAAGCAAACAAUCAGAAGAAGUUGAAGAAGAAGAAGAAUGCAACUAAGAGUCUUACUUAG